GUCAGCAUCAUCUUAAAGCAAAUCCUGCAACCUGGAUCAAUCUCUUGGUUGUUGAUAAUCGACGAGUAAAACUGCACCUGCUAUUUUCGACUAAUGUGAUUUUAUUGUUAUGUUUUUUAUUACGGCAAUGGUAACGUGAAUGUGGAAAUAUGCGUUACGUGUGUAUCUUUUGUUAUGUUUAUAUUUUGAUCUUCAGUAUUAUUACUUUUGAAUCGCAUUCAUUUCGAACAUUUUCUGACGAUGAUGUUAAAGUGUAUAGAGAAAAAGUUGUGCAAAUGUUUCAGCAUGCUUAUGAUCACUACUUAAAAAGCGCAUAUCCCUAUGAUGAAUUGCAACCAAUUUCUUGUCGAGGCAUGGAUACUUGGGGAAGCUUCUCUUUAACAUUGAUAGAUGCAUUAGACACUUUGGUUGUGAUGAAGAACUACUCAGAGUUUCGCCGUGUGGUUAAUACAUUGCUGUCAACUGCAGAUUUUAAUGUCAACAUCAAUGUGUCAGUGUUUGAAACUAACAUCAGAGUUGUUGGAGGUUUGCUCUCUGCUCAUCUUCUAUCCAAACGAGCUGGUCUUGAUGUGGAUCCUGGUUGGCCUUGUUCUGGACCAUUACUAAAUCUAGCUGAGCAAGUAGCUAGACGAUUAUUACCUGCAUUUGAAACAAAAACCGGCAUGCCUUUCGGAACAGUUAAUUUGCUCCAUGGUGUUCCUGAAGGUGAAACCCCCAUAACAUGCACUGCUGGAGUAUCUACCUUCAUUGUUGAGUUUGGAACACUUAGUCAUUUAACUGGUGAUCCUAUUUUUGAAAAAGUUGCCGUGAAUGCUUUGAAUGCUCUAUGGAAAAGGAGAUCUCCAAUGGGAUUGGUAGGCAACCAUAUUAACGUUCAAGAUGGAAAAUGGACAGCCUUAGAUUCAGGUAUCGGUGGAGGUGUUGACUCUUAUUUUGAAUACUUGGUUAAAGGAGCUAUCUUGUUUCAAGAACCUAAGUACUUAAAAAUGUUUCGUGAAUAUGAAAAGCUUAUUUCCAAAUUCAUGAAACGAGAUGAUUGGUACUUCUGGGUUAGCAUGAACAGUGGCCAGAUUACCUUGCCCACCUUUCAAUCAUUAGAGGCUUUCUGGCCUGGACUUUUGACUUUAGUUGGUGAUAUUGAACAAGCUGUGAAGACCCUGUAUAAUUAUCAUCAAAUAUGGAAACAGUAUGGAUUUACACCUGAAAUAUAUGAUGUUGCACACAGUCAUGCUAAACGAGAAAAUUAUCCUCUUAGACCAGAACUUGUGGAGAGUGUUAUGUACCUUUACUAUGCUACUAAGGACCAUCAUCUACUUGAAAUUGGUGUUGAUAUAUUAGAAUCUAUUGAACAUAGUGCAAAAACAGAAUGUGGUUAUGCUACAAUUAAAAAUGUACUUGACCAUAAAACAGAAGAUAGAAUGGAAUCUUUUUUUCUUGCUGAAACAACUAAAUAUUUGUAUCUUUUAUUUGAUCCUGACAAUUUCAUUCACAAUAAUGGAUCAUGUGGAGAGCUCAUACAGAUGUCGGGAGGGAAUUGCUUGAUAGGUGGUGGAGGAUAUGUAUUUAAUACUGAGGCUCAUCCCAUUGAUAUUGGUGCUGUCUAUUGUUGUAGUGCUAAACAUCAAGAUCAUGAACUACUUUUGUAUGAAUUUCAAAAAAAUUUGGAUUUACAUUCACUUCUUGAAAUUAAAGAUAAUGAAGAGUUUUUCAAAGUUUUUAAAGGAAAUCGAAAACAAAACCCUAGGCAAGCAAAUUCCAAGUCUAUUAAUCUUGCUGAAGUAAAUGUUACAGCGACUAGAAUUGUGCCAAAUAAUUAUUCUAUGAACAAAAAGGAACCUUCUGUCAGUUUUUCUUUUUUUAGUGAUGUUUGGAAUGAAACUAUUGAAAAUUCCAGCUAUAAUACUAUGUUUUCAGCUAGUUUCACCUUUGAAAAUUAUAAGAAAUUAUUAUUGUCUUUUUAUAAACGAAAUUCAACAACUAAAAAUAAAUAUAAUAGUUUGUCAAACAUCAAUUCAGGUCUAAGUGAAACAAUUUUAGUUAAUAUUAAUUCAGCUAAUAUAUUUGUCAAAAAUAAUGGAGUUCUGAACUCUUUUUCAGAAGAAAGUGGAAUUUCUAACAGUACUUAUGAACAAUUGCAGCUUAAAAACAACUCUUCUUUGGCUCCAUUGGAAAAUCAGUCAUAUGAAAUUAAUGGCAAUUUCUUUGAUACUAAUGUUUUUAACAAAACAAUACUUCAAAAUUCUAAUGUGACUUCAAUAGAUAAUGAUAACUGUCUACAGGAAGAUGAGGAGGAAGCAAAAGUGCUGCAGCAAAUUCAUAAUGAGAAUUUUUAUAAUUAUGAAAUUCUUAAGUGUCCUAUUCAACCCUUUCUUUCCAGAUUGAAUGUUAUGGGAGAAAUGUUUAAUGUGUAAUUUGAGUACUUAAAACUAUUUUAUACUUACUCCUUAUCUUUUUUUAUUAUUAUUAAUUUUCAAUUAAAAUUACUGAAUCAUCAGGAGAUUCUUUUAAAAAAUUCAUCAGUAAUGAUACAAUUUAGCCAAGAAGAAUAAAAAAAAAAGCUUUAGCUAUUACACAUAUUGGCCAAUAAAUUAGAAAUCUUAGAUUAAUAUUUUAUCCCCUUUUACACUGAUAACAGUUCGUAUCAAAGAGGGCAUCGAUUCUACCAGCAUCUGGAAGGCAUUAUGUCCAGGUUGAUUCAGCAUUUACAGACUUUUGUAUCCUGUAAAUGAGAUGGAAGAGAAAAUUGCUGUCAAAUGUACCUGGCCAAAUGUCCCAAACAUUUUCUAUUAAGUUAGUUAUGUUCCAGGCUUUGCGGUGGCCAGGAAAGGUGUUGGAAGCUCAAUUGAUAUUGAAUGAACUUUUUUUGAACGCUUCUGACGUGAGUCACCCAUGAUUCUGUUGGGGCAUAUUGCCCAUGAUGUAUGUGCCACCUUCAGAUUAAAAUAUAACAUUACAGAAUGAAUCUAAUCUGCUACUAUGUCCAGAUAUUGCACAGCUAUUUAUUUACUCUCGAUAAACAACAGGGAAUCACUUCUAUAACAGCAGAACAUGUCCCGCAUCAUGAUACUCUCACCAGAGCUUUGAACAGUGCAAACUAAAAAAGAUGGGUUAAUGGCUUCAUCUUUCAUCAAAGCAAAGCAAGGUGUUGCGUUUUUUAUCCGUCCACAUUACCCAUUUCUAGUUACAGUGUUGUCUUACUUGACACAAUGGCAAUAGAAUUCUAGCCUUUUGGACAGAAAUGAGAAGUAUCCUCAUAGGCAUCUGACCACAUAUUCUUAUUCUCAGUGAUCCUUUAGGUAUAGUUUGCAUCGAGAUCAGUUGAGAAGAACUUUGGUUGAAAUUUUUUAUUAGCUGAAGCAAAAUGGGGUCUCUUUUUUUCCCCUGUUGCACAAUUCAUUGGAGGCGACGCUGAUCAGGGUUUUGGUAAAUUGUGUUUGAACCAUAAUUAUGUCUUCUAGAUGAGGACUGUGGUUUCUGUUUCCAACUUUUGAAAACCUUUGAUACGAAAUUUAACCCUUUUUCAAAUGGCGAAAGAUCUGUCAUUUUUUCAUUCUGCUGUGUUUACCGUUAAAUGAGUCUGCUCAUUUUACUUAUACUAACAUUCUGAUGCGGUGUAACCAACAUAAACAUUUUUUGCAUAGUUUGCUGUUAGUGAGCAUUUAAUAUAAAAUCUUAUAGGUUUCUAAUUUAUUGGUCUGAUUUCUUCUUUUUAUAUAGCAUGAACAACUUUGACAAUAUUGUUGAAAGAUGCCAUUAAACAUUAUAAAAUAAAUGUCUUUUCAAGCUUACCAUAUAUUUUCCAAGAUACAUUAAUUUUCUAAUUCGUUGUGAUAUCCUGAAAACUUUAUUAUUUCACUCUUAUUGUUUUCUAACAAAAAUAAUUGUUCUAUUAUUGCAUAAAUGCUAUCAUACAUAUUAUUUGCCCUGUGAUAAAUAUUGAGAAAGAAUGAACUGAGUAGUGAUACAUUUAUCAAAGAAUAUGUCUGAGUAUAGUUUAAAUAGAUUGAACUUUUUAAAUGGCUAAUGAUAAGAUAUUAUAGGAUAAUAUUCCUAUAAAAUUAAAUAAAACAUAAAAAUAAUGUUGGUUUUUCAAUAAGUUUAUUGUACCCUAUAUUUAUAUACAGCUGACUAAUAAAAUAAUAAUUUGUGCAAGGCUUUGAGAUUUUAAUAAAUUAUAAUUUCUUUACCUUUAUAAACAUGAUUUAAAAAUUUUUCCAAUUUAUUACCAUGAUUAUUAAUGGUAUCUAAUAAGUUAUAAAAUGAACUAAUAUUUGGAUAAAAAUUUAAAACCUUUUAAAUUAAUGUCUUAUCCUUUUAAAUUAAUGUCCUAUCUUUUUAAAUUAAUGUAAUAGCUUUUUAAAUCAUGUCUAACAUUAAAACUAUAACAUUAAUAGUACAAGCUUUAAAUUACAUUUUAUCUUUCUACAUUCAAAAUUUAAAUAAUAAAAAGAAUAACACUUUAAAUAAAUACAAUAUAGUCCUUUUAUUGUAUUUUUUAAUACUACAGUGGUCUUUCAUUAAUAUAGUAGCAUUUUAGUGGGAUUUGUUAAUGAAUGCAGUUUAGCUCACAGUAAUUACUAUCUUUUAUAGUAAUAUAUUUUAAAGACAAUAUUUGAUGAAUAGAAAUUAAGGGAUAAUAACUAAUUUGUAUUUUUAUAUUAUUUCUUUGGCCAUUACAUUUUAUUGCAUUGUUUUAUUUUUAUAAUUUUUUUCCAAUGUAACCUUAUAAUAGUAAAAUUCCUAAAUUGUAGAGAUAUUUAUUUAUUAAAAUCAAAAUAACCUUUAUUUAAAAUUUUUUGAUGUAUUUAUUCUUUUGAAAUAAGCAUAGCUUUGUGCAUAACUUUUAUAAAGCAUAACUUAAUAAGCAUAACUUUUUUAAAAUAAGCAUAGCUUAGCAAAGUUAGCAUACUAACUUUGGUUUGCGCUGUUGAAAAAUCUUGUUUCUUACAAUAAAGAGAGGCUAAUAUACUUAAAGACUUAAUGUGUGGAAUAUUUAGGUCUGUAGCCAAAAUUUCUAUUCAAGGAAGUAAUCCCACCUUUUUAUUAAUUGAUAACUUUUUGUUCAAGAUUUGUACAUUUAUUAUCUAUAUUUGUUUAUUAUGUAUUAGUAUGACAAAUAUGAUUUUUUGCAAUUCUCAUAGAAGAAGUUUAGAAAAUGCUUAGUGAUUCUAUCUUCUUUAUCCAUUAAAUGCUGUUUAUGUCCUAUAAAUCAGCACCAAUCACGUAACUUAAAAACUUUUUUAAUUUAAAAGAUUACCACUUGCUUAGUCUUAUACAUUAAAAUAUAUUUAAACAAAUUAUGUAUUGACUUUUUAUCUCCCAAAUUAUUCUAUGAGUUAUAUUGUUGUAAAGUAAUUUAUGGAAGUUUUAAAAGAUUUGUUAUCAAUAGCAUUUGUGCUUCUAAUGUUUAAUAUUUGGGUCAUAAUAGUACCAUCCUCUUGUGAAUUGGAGCUUUUAAAUGCUGUUGAUAACAAGGAAUUUUAUGCAAGUCACAGUUAAAAUGAUGAACCGAAAUCUUCAGAGGGUUAUUCAGCAGAAAUUAACUCCAUUUAUUUUACAUUGUUUAUUCCACCCAUUAAAUGCUCAACUUUGCUAUGCUGUUUUUAAAUGUUAUUUCUCUUAUUAAUUGAAUUGCUCAAGCAGCAUCCUCUUAAAUGUUAACUCUUUAUUAUCUAAGAUUUUUUAGACUCUCCGCUUGGGACUGCUCAGGCUCUUUGUAACUCUUUAAGUUAUCUUUAUGAGACAGAACUGUUAUUCCUUCCUCUUCCAUUCCAACUAGGUUUUGGAUAUUAUUGUUCAACCUCUUUUUAUUGCUUUUUCUCUGCUAUAUUUGGUUUCGUAUUUGUUUUACUUCCCAAAUACUGCUGAUCCUUUAGAUGAGAUUUUCCAGACUAUUCAUGUAGCGCUUCACAUCUCAAACAUUGUUUAUCUCUUAGAUAAGAUUCUUCAGAAAGUUUAUGUUGUUCAUCUUUCCACCAGUUCUUAUUUUAAAAUAAAUUAUAACUUUCUUAUAGAAAAUUUUAUCUGAAUUGCUCUGAAAUUUCGUUCUGAUGAAUCUUACUUUUAUUUAUCACAGAUAUCUUUCUGUGAGAAAUUUUCUACAGCAUUGCAAUUUCUGCACAUUAAAAGUUUUUUCUAACUUUUAAAGUUCUUGUUUUGAACUGUUUUCAUUGUUCAAAAGCAAUUGCUUUUUACUCGUACAGCUCAUAUUUUUAACUCUCAAACUUACAUCAACAAUGUUUGAAAUAAAAUGGAAUUAGACUUUAAAAAUAUGAUAAACUGUAAAAUAUGAUAACAAUAAAUAUUUAAAAAUAUGAUAAAGUUUUUGUUGAAAGCAGUUUCAUAUUAUCAAUCUAAUCAAUAAAAAAACCAUAAAAUAUUAUUGCGCCAGUAUAUCCACUUGUUUUUCAACUCAAAGGAAUCACUAACAUAGCAUGUCUAACAUAUUCUUACAUCCUAAUUUCUGCAAAUUUUUCAAUAAUGUGUACAAACCCUUUUUUUCCCCUUUUCUAUUCUUAUUGCACUUAGGGAGGUAUGGUAUCCUUAUCAAUUUGUCAUGCUAGGUAUAAAAAGCUUUUGGAUUAUUUCUGAACUAUUUUCUUGUCAUUUUCCUUUUGAUUUAUUCUCCUAAAUGUUUUAUCUAUUAUACUCUUGAAUAUUGAAUCUAUUGUUCAUUGUAAAUUAUUACUACUAUUAAAAGUAUUAACUGCCAUUAAAAUUUAAGCAGUAAAUUGAAUAAAAAUUUCAAAUAAUUUUCCUGCAAAUUCUAGCAUUUCCAAAAAAUAGCUGAUUUUGGAAGUAAAAUUCAUGUAAAAGCUUGCAACCCUACUUAUGUAACACAAGCAGUCGAAAAAUCCUACUAUGAGAUUUGGGGAAAACCUCUUUUAAUAUGUAGUGUUUUUUAUUUUACAUUUAGCAAAAAAAGAAAAAAAAAUUCCCCAAAAACUAUUGUGAAAUUUUUUUUCUAUGUUUAUAUAGAAAUAUUGUAACAUUAAGUUUAGAAUGCUUAAUUGCAAUUGAAGAAUACAUCUUCCCAUGCACACAUUACAAAUUAGUUUUAACAUUGUAGGGCAUGAUGACAAAUAACUAAUAUAUACUAUAAUAUUCUAUAUACAAAAAAUGUUAUGGUACUUCAUCUUCUUCAGUCCAAUGUUUUCCAGGACUCUUUAAUGUCCUAGUGCUCUCUCUUUCAUUUUGUUUGUUUCUUCAUUUGACAUAGUUUCUAGUUUUGUUAUCUUAAGUAUGUAUAAUGGUAGGUUUUGCUGUGAGUAUAACUAUCCUGUUUGUGUGCCAUUAAACUCUACAUUUGCAACUUUGAUAAAACUAAAAUUAUUCUGGUGCUUAUUUUGACUGUAAAUUAAGUUUAUAGUUUAGAAAAUUCUCCUUAAAAUGGGUUAAAAAAAAAACUUUCCGCCAGUACUAGAGAAACUUGGUGCUGGAAGAGAUUUUUUACCAAUCACAUUCUUUCAGUUCACUAAUUUCUAAAUUUCAGUUCCCUGUAAAUAGCAGUUGCCUAAUUUCAAAUCCCCAUAAAUUGCAGAUACCUCUAUAAAGAUAAUUAUUUUUUGGUUAAAUGAAACAAAAAUUUCCACUUAAAAGCUCAUGCAAAUCCAGAUUUUAUUUAAUACAAUAUUUAUUUAUACAUUGAUUAUCAACGUCGUAAGUCAAAUAAAAUUUUUUAGAUCUUAAAAAAAUUGUUUUAAUAAACAAAUAUAGAUAAAAAAAAAGUUCUGUAAAUAUUAAAUUGUUGAUUGCUAUAUAACACUGUAUAUUAUUAACUGGUUUUCAUUCAGUGCCUUAAGUACUCUGGUUGCCUUACUGAAAUCUAAUUAGUUUUUAAAUGUUGAUGUGUAUAAUAUUGUUUAUUAAAUUGUGAUAUCCAGUUGUCAAAAAUUUGUGUUCUUAAAAACUGAUGCGUUAGAAGUGUAGUAAAUUAACCACAACUUUUUAUAACAUUUCUACAAGUGAAAAAUAUUUUGUCAUAUACAUAAAAAAUUUUACAGUUAAGAGAAGUUCAAGUUCAUAAUUUGAAACUGUUAUUGAUUUAUGCUAAAAGGGAUCAAUUUCAUACUUUUACUGGUUUUUUAAAUUAGUUUCUUUAUUUUUGGAAAUUCUUAUUUUAUUUUUUUAUUAUCCUGUUUACAGUUGUCUUACUCUUCUUUUAUUUGUUGUUGGAAAAUUAGUUUUUUUUUUUUUAAAUCUUUGGAGAGUUAACUUCUUUAAUUUUCCUUCAUUGUAUCAACCAUAUUCAGUAAAGUAAAUUUUAGUAAUAAUUUUUAAUCUCUUAUAUUUUUUCUUUGAUGAUUUCCUUUUUAUGUGAUGGAAUCAGAACUAUUUCUUUAUUUAUGACACGUUAUUAUUGUUGUAUCAUAUUUGAAAACAAUUUUAUAAAAUGUUUGUUUUUUCAUUCAGUAAAAAAUACCUUCUAAAUAUUUGUCUUAUUUAUCUGAUCUUUAACUGUGAAAUUAAAGCUUAUAACAAUUAGCUCAUUGUCAUUAUAAUCAUAUUUUAUUAAUUUUUUGAAAGUGAAAUACUGACUUUCUAAUGAAAAAUAAUAAUAAAGAUUAUGAAAGUAUCUAAAUUCAUUCAGA